CUCGCUCCUUUUCUUCAACACCAUGUCUAGUAAUAAAAGCGACACCUCUUCAAUAAGUCCUGUCCCUUUAAAGGGGACAGGGACCUCUCCAGAGCCUGGGAGUGUUUCUUCCUCUCUUCCUGGUGGUAAAAAUGGCGUCCCUCAUAUACCUCUAGGCCCGCUCGCCUCAGUAAAGUUAGACCCAACUGAUCACCACACCAUUAGUCCUACAGCACCUUCUCAUAAGGCUGCCCGCCCUCUACCUGUUGAAGAAACCUCUAAGCCAAGUCCCAGACGAAAUAGAAAGAUGUCACGAUUGCGUUUCACUUCACUGUCCUCAUCUGCUUCAAUAGAGGAAGACAGCUCAGGUUCUUAUUCUGACAGUUAUUCAUCAGAUGAUGAGAGUAAUCCUAGAGAUCAGCAGUUAUCCAAUUCAAAUGGGUUCAGAGAUUUCUGCAUCAAAGACAUUAACUUGGCAUCUUACGGACGCAAAGAGAUCGAAAUUGCAGAAAAAGAAAUGCCGGGUCUGAUGCUUUUAAGAAAGAAAACUACGACCACGGGAGACCGACCUUUAAAAGGAGCUUGUAUUGUUGGGUGUACUCACAUCACUGCUCAGGCAGCUGUUUUAAUUGAGACCCUUGUGUCUUGUGGUGCUUCAGUUCGUUGGUGUGCCUGUAAUGUUCACUCAACUCAAGACGAGGUUGCAGCUGCCUUAGCUGAAGCAGGCUAUCCCAUAUUUGCUUGGAGAGGAGAGAGUGAAGACGACUUUUGGUGGUGCAUUGACAAGUGUCUUGAUGCUCCGAAAUGGAAAUGUGACAUGAUUCUUGAUGAUGGAGGUGAUGCAACUUGUCUUAUGUUACAGAAGUAUCCUGGAGCAGCUAAGUACAUGAAAGGAGUUGUGGAGGAAAGCAUCACUGGGAUACAUAGGCUGUAUCAGCUUUCCAAAGAGGGUAAGCUCCCAAUGCCAGCUAUUAAUAUUCAUGACUCGGUUGUCAAGACCAAGUUUGAUAAUCUGUACAGCUGCAGGGAAUCAGUGAUUGACAGUUUAAAAAGGACAAUGGACAUAAUGUUUGGUGGUAAAAUUAUUUGUGUUUGUGGCUAUGGUGAGGUGGGGAAAGGUUGUUGUUCAGCCUUGAAAGGUUUGGGUGCUAUUUGUUUCGUAACUGAAGUAGACCCAAUCUGUGCACUCCAGGCAUGUAUGGAUGGCUUCAGAGUGGUGAGGCUAGAGGAUGUUGCAUCAACUGUUGACAUUGUAAUAACAGCCACAGGCACUAAACAUGUGGUGAGGCGCGAGCACAUGAAUAAACUAAAGGACGGUUGUAUACUGGCUAACAUGGGGCACACUACGAAUGAGAUUGAUGUCUCCUCGUUAAAGGAUCUCAACAAAGAGAAGAUCAGACCUCAUGUCUCCCAUAUUAUAUGGCCUGAUGGUAAAGCCAUUAUACUGCUGGCUGAUGGUAAGCUGGUCAAUCAAGUUUGUUCAAGAGUUCCUUCACUAGUCUUCUCAAUCACUUCUGCUACUCAGGUCAAUAUACUGGUUAAUAUACUGGUCAAUAUACUGGUUAAUAUACUGGUUAAUAUACUGGUCAAUAUACUGGUUAAUAUACUGGUUAAUAUACUGGUCAAUAUACUGGUUAAUAUACUGGUUAAUAUACUGGUUAAUAUACUGGGUUAAUAUACUAGUUAAUGUACACUGAAUGAUGAGAUGUACAUUGUAGCUUGGAAAA